AUGGACUCCAGAAAAAAUGAAAUACAAUAAAAUGUGUGCGUAUGCAUUAGAAUUAAUAAACAAACAAACCUACGGGCAUCAUGUCAGAUUCAGUUUCGGCAUUGUAUAGAGGACAGAACCGAGAGAUUAAUUUAUUUUAUUUAAACUUCACGUGCUAAAUUCCGAAAACUUUAAUUUAAAAAUCUGUCUCAAAGGCUUUCUUUGCUUAAAACGCUGCAUCGUGAGCUAGUGGCGAAGUGUUGGUUGCUUCCCUUAAUUCGCGGUGCUCAGUAAUUUCAUAACAUCAAAAAUGUCUAAGCGGGGAACAGUACAUGUUGGAGCUUCUCGGAAAGAGUACGCUGCAGCCGAGGAGCGACUGCUUAACAUCUUUUCACCACCGCCCGCCGGCACAGAAGAAAUGAUAACAGUUUCUGAUUUUGGUCAGGCGUCAGCGGCAUCACCACAGUUGCAAGAGCCUAAUGAGAAUGUGCACGAUGUGGAUCCCUCAAGGGACAACAUGCUGCAGUUUAUAUCAGAUGAUUCGGAAAUACGCAGCCUGUUAGCAAACUCCGAUAGCAACGGUUUCAAGGGCUUCGAUGAUACAUUUCGCGACUACGGCGAUACAUCUGAGACACUGGACGCUGGCAACACUCCACUUAUAUUUGGCAUGUUCCGAAACAUGAACAAGUUCAUUGAGUGUCAAAGGUCAAAUCGUGGUUAUCUCAAUGCACAACUUUCAACUGCGCCAAUGGCAGUGAUGGAGGCAACCACAUCUGCCAACUAUUUACUUACGAAUGGUAAUAUCAAUGUUGACGAGUCUGAACAAGCGAUCCAGGAACAGGUCGCGAUCGAUUGUCAAAAUGUUAUUGAUCAGUCGCACUCCGACUGCGUCAUUUAUGAUGAUGAUAAUGUUGUAUUGCUGACGGAUGACCAAUGUUGCGAGAUUAUAGUGGCUGCUCACGGUGUUCAUACUGAUCAUGAAAUAGAACGUGCUUACUUAUUGGGUCUGCAACAACAAUCAACCAAUGAGCAAGAGCGGCUCAAUAAUGGUGUCAGCUAUUGUGCCAACCUGUGUACAGCUGAGGAGUACGAAGAUCCCAGUGCGGACACUAAUGUUUAUCUCAGUGAUGCGGCCUUGGAUCCGCAGCACCAACAUAACCAACAUCAUCAGCAGCAACAGCAACAACUAUUGCUCGAUGCAAACGAAGAAGAUCCAAAUCAGAUUAGUGACCCAUAUGUGGACGAACGCCCGGAUAUUUGUGAGGUAUACGACCACGAGCUGGAGGACCAUGAUGACGAUUGUAUAGUAAAUGAGGAGGAGAGUAACUUAGAGUUGCUUCAACAAGUUGCCAUGGAGCAGCAGCAGCAGCUCAACAUUUCCAGCAGUAUUGAGGAGCCGCAUGCCAUUGAUGUUAAGGAUCAACAAGCUACUGUAGCUACAGGUACCGCUACGGCCGCCAUACCCCACAGUAGCACUACAGAGUUUCCAGUUAGUUCCACGUCCAUGCCGAAUGAUAGUGACUAUGAUGACUGUCACGAUGACGUGGGGACAGCGGAGGAACAAUCUUUACCCAGGCAGCGUAAAUAUAUGCCUCUGUUAAAGAACACGCUCUCCGCGGAGGCGAUGGAUCGUCGGAUGGCCAACAUAUGUCAGUCGCAGCCGCAGAUGAGCCUGAACGAAAAGUUGGCCAACUGGAACUGUGCGAACAGCUGCGACGCUGUCGAGGACGUAGAAAACUUUGAGACUGUGUUUGAACAGCAUGAGGCUGAGCCAGGCACGCAAAAAUUUAGCGAGUUCUAUGAAUAUAUGCGAAAAAAUUUUUCCAAAAUGACACAGAGCAUGCAAGAAGGACCCCUGGAGGAUGCGGUCGACGAAACUGCAGCACCUGAGGCACUUAAGCAAAAGAGACCAUGCUAUAGACGCCUACUGCCUUCAAUGCCGGUGCAGCAGACCGAACUGAUUGUGCUCGAUGAUGAUGAUGACGAUGAUGAUUGUUUUGAAGUAAUGGUUAAUCCAUCAUCAGCAACAUUGGUGCCCAGAUUAAAUUGCGACCCAGAGCAACCAGAAGCUAUGCCGAAGAAAACACAGACGCAGCCCAUUUUGUCAGUGUGUGUUGAAUCAAAAGAAACAUCUACUACAGAUUUGGUUACUUCCACGGCGGCCUCUGAGCAACAAGAGUACAAAGAAUGUCGUGACUACACUCCGGUUGCAGAGCAAAACCAUCAAGGAGAACCCACUCAGCAUCAGCUGGAUGUACCAGUAAAGGAUACCAAGGAAGAAGUAGACCAAAACCAUAUGCUGAUACAGCAGCAACAAGAAUCACAAUGUCGCCCAUCAGGGCGCGCAAAAAGCGUUGAAUUCCAUAAUGAUGCGCAGUUCUAUAAGCAGCAUGAGUUUUGCAAUUAUCUUGGACUCACGGAGCUUGCAACGGCAAAUGCGGUGGCUACCGCCAUGCGGGAACUGGCCAACAGCAAUGUGGCGCGCCGUUCGCUUCGCGUACGUACGCAACAGCAACUGGACCGAAUGCGCAGCGAUGUUCGUGGCAGGCGAAGAGAACGGCAGCAGCAGCAGCGAGUACAGCAGCAGAAUCAACAGCACGGCCACCUAGAGGAGGAGCAGCAACAGCAGCAACGGCAGCUGCAUGAAAAGAAUAACCAGUUAAUCAGCGAUGACAGUAGCACCAUCACCAAUAAUACUAUUGCUAUUAGUACCAAGAGGACAGGUCUAGAUGGUAUCACGAUACCGCCGGCAACCGACAACACCUCAUUCAUAUACCCAAGACAGCCUGCAACUGGUGGCCCACCUAUUGAAUACUAUUGCCAUGCUAAACCUGAUAACCCGGGGCAAAAUCAGGGCAAUCGCAUGAUGGUUCCCACCGACUAUCAUGCAAUCUCCUUAGAGGCGGCAUUUGCAAAGGUGUAUGCCUCGGCAGCGCCAGCCCAAAACGAGCUGCACGAGUGUAUGCAAAACCGUCUGCGACAGGCACGUGAAACCAAACCUUCCAUUUACAUUGUGAAGUCCAUGAAUAAUGCCACCACGCCGGUACCGGACACAAGUUUGACGCCAGAAUUGCCGGAGCACCUGAAGUACAAAAGGAAACCAGAACUACCGUUAGAAGUCAGACCGUUACGCAAGGUGGGCAAAAAGAUGUUGUCCAAGGCAUCGAAACGCCGUCGAACCACUGGCGGUGCUAUAAUCGCGAAUACUCCAAAUGAACGAGAUUUAGUUACGCGGUCGACCACACAUUUGAACUCGAAAUUGCUGCGCAAUCGCAAAGUUAGCUUGUUGAAGACCUACGAACUGACAGAUGUGGCAACUAGCGGGCGUGGCAAGCGGCUAGCCGGUGGCUCGACUCCAGCCAAAAUGCCCAAAGUUCUAAAAAGAAAAGUUAAGAAGACAACAGCGCUGCCGGAACAAAUGGUGAUCAGCCUUGCGGCCUCGAUAAAUAAUCAUCCAGAUAAGUUACCGCCCCCUCCGCCUCCACCUAAGGUGAAGUUGUCGACAGUCGAACCAAAUGCAGUUAAGCGAAAGCGUUUACGUGCCAAAUCUCUGCCAUCGGCGUUAGGUAAAGAAGAACACGUGUCUAAAUGUUCUAGGAAUACUGACGAGGGCGUAAAGAUGCCUGACAUAAGUGUAAAACAGCAGCGACAACGGAAGUCUCCGAAAGCUGCUAUGGAUAUCGAAGACUUUAUCACGAAUAGCUCUGUCAUUAGUCCACCGCUGUACAGUGCAGCAGUCCGUCAUUAUGUUAAUGUUAUUCGUCAACCAAAGGAUUUGCCUGUUGCACAGCAGCCGAACCUAGAACAACAGUCGAAGUUGCAAAUGCCGCCGCCAUCUGCAAGCUUCUUCGAAGGCACAUCAUCUUUUGAGAAACAAUGCAAGCCUUCGUUAACGUAUCCGCCAUUGGCACCGCCACCUCCGCAGCGAACUCCACAUUUUUCCAGACGAAAUCGUCAAACAGCAGGAACAACACAAAACGCUCCUACAUCCCAAAUGCCAAAUGCGCACAUAACGCCACCAGUUGGUUGCCUUUUGUCCCUCAAAAAAGGAUCAACCGAGCUAAGCAACCCGCUGGCGGGAAAGAAUGGCAAGGUGCUUUAUAUAUACUAUGAGCUAGACCAGCUCAUUGUGGUGCAGGAGAAGUUGAUUUCAUUUUGGAAGUAUUCGAAAGUCUUUAAUGUACUGCAGAAGCCAACAAAGGACGAGCUUCACAGAACGGCGAUCUCACAAAACAAUGUUUUUAGCUCAAACAUAAAAGAUAAUACACGCAAGUCAUCUGCGGAUUCAGAAAAAUCCUCGGAAUGCUUAAACCAGAAAUGGGUAUAUUUAGGUGGAAUGCGUCAUGUUACAAACGAUAUUGAAAUUUCGUCUCCGUAUGACAAUCGCUUGUGUACGCACAACUCGACGCCCGUUUACAUUGAGAUGCGCAGCCAUCCGCUGGAUCAUCAUAAGCGUGAGAGUAAGCUUCUAUCGUUAUAUGUGAAUGUCUACUAUUACUGUGAGGAGGAGAUGCGGCCCAAGUUGCACUCGGUGCAUCUUGAUGCAGUCAAUUGUGACUGGAAUCAAGUCGUCUAUACGAGCAUAACGGAGUCACGAUACUUUGUUAUGGCUUGGCAGCAGGAUUUGAUGGUGGGCAAGCCGCGGGCUGGCAUUUGCAAGUACUCGCUGACACCUACACUUGACACGCUUGCCAGCAUACGGGAGUUUAAGCAACUGCGGCAUGAGCUGAAACAUAUUGAGUGUCUGAUGGAGGACCGUUUGAUUGGCUAUGGACAGACGCGAAUAACUAUUUGGGAUCAUCGAAGUGGUGACACGUUAAUGAAUUAUGAUCUGGGCUUCGAUUUGGGACAGAAUAUGGGCGUUAUGCAUUUUCCAAGCUUUGAAAUGGAUCAAAGCAGCCUACUUGUGUUGUAUCAACAUGUCAAGGAAUCGAAUAAAUGGCCGGAAUUACGUAUCAUUGCCUGCGAGCUGUCGCAUGCCGCACCAACGCAUCGUAUAUUGCACGUUCAUCGUCUCCCUUCGCCACAAUUUGAUUCACAGUUGGUUGCCAUCAAUACAGGCGAUCAUGUAAUACUUAAGUCACCAACGGACGAUGAAAUCUGGAUAACUACGUCGGAUCCGCAACAGCUAAUAUAUUUAGCACCGCAGGGCAACCAGCGUUUCUACACGCGUCAAAAGUCGCAGAUUAUAAUCAUGACGCCGAGUACGCUAAUCGUGGAUAGCAUUUCAAAUCAUGUAUUGAAGUUGGCCACUGCGCAUCUGCCGAACCUGGUUAUAGACCAUAAAAAUACGGUUAAAUCAGCUGUUGUCUCUUCCCAGCUGCCGGUGUAGAGACAACAUAAAUAGGGUUGAACAACACAACAUAAGACAAACAUCUGAAAACACGCUAAAUUCCCCGUCAUUUUAAAUCAGAGUGGGAUCGACAAGUGAAAAUAGUUUUUGGUUAUUUUAAAAAUUCUUUAAUGCUUACCAAAAUUUGUUUGUGGCAUUCUACCAUCUAUUAAAUAUAAUUAAAUGUAUAAUACCACAGAUGCUUUUGAAGUAGUAUAGUUAUC